AUGGCGAAGCCGCAGGAGGUGCGCAGCGUCGACUCCUUCUCGCAGCUGCCGUUCAUCCGGCCGGCGCCGGCUCCGGCGCAGCCGAGGGACGCCACCAUCCGGCUGUUCGGCUGCGACUUCUCCAACGACCAGCAGCAGCGGCAGGCCAAGCAGCAGGACGCCGCGGCCGACUCCCCCGACGCCGCCAACGGCAGCACGGUCACGUCCGAGAGCAACGGCGGCGCCAAGAGCGGCGGCGGCGCGGCUGCGGCGGCCGCGGCCGCGGCCGCGGCCGCCGAGAGGAAGUUCGAGUGCCACUACUGCUGCCGCAACUUCCCGACGUCGCAGGCGCUGGGCGGGCACCAGAACGCGCACAAGCGCGAGCGGCAGCACGCCAAGCGGGCCCACCUCCAGGCCUCCCUCGCCAUGCACCGAUACGUGCCCGGCCACAUGUACGGCCACUUCAACUACCACCACCACCACCUCGGCAGCGGCGGCCGCUUCGACCAACCCGCGCCGCCACCGCUGCCGCUGCCGCUGCCGCCCCCCCCCGCCGCCGGCGCACUACCCGAUGUGGACGAGCGCCAGCCCCGCGGGGCCCUACGGCGGAGGCGGAGGCCCAGGCUCCAUGUCGCAGCCAAUCAACUGUAG